AUGGGGCCUCCUCGAAGCAUUUGCCGCCUCUGCGCAUCUUCCGCGCGCCAACUCUCCCGCGCCUCACACCGGGCACCAGCCCAGGCGCGAUGGAGCUCCUCGCAAACCGUUUCGAAGCUCGUGUUCUCCGACGAUGACGGCGCGGAGCCGAGUGCAGUGAGGCACAUCCACAUCUCCUCCGACCCGACAAGCGGCACGUUCCCGUCGUAUACCGCGGCGUCAGAGUUCCAAGAUUCCCUCCGUCAUGCCUUUCUCGAAUGGAAGUCGGCACCAACCGCUCGCGCCCCGUCGCCGCUCGUCAUCUCGUUCACGCCGGCGCCGACGUACACUCUCGGCCGUCGGCAGAAGUUGCUGACGGGAGAACAAUCGGAUAGACUGAGACGACCGUUAACGAUCACUCUUGACGCUGCCGGAAAUACAAGGACAGAGGGAGAGCGGGAGUACAUCCCGGAAGUGAUUGAAACAGACCGCGGAGGUUUAACGACGUACCACGGCCCCGGCCAGAUCGUGCUCUGGCCCAUUAUCGACCUGCAUAGCGAAUACUACCCCCACCAAACCGUCCGCUCUUACGCCCGCCUCCUCGAGCAGACAACCCAGGCGGUUCUCGCGGAUGGGCCGGGCUUAGGGACAUACCUGUCAGAAGAGGACCCGGGCGUUUGGGCCGAGUCGGCGAGGUCGCGUCCAGGAGGCCAGGAACGCAAGCUCGCCGCCAUGGGCGUCCACCUCCGCCGGCAUAUCUCGGGUCUGGGCACAGCGUUGAACGUCGAUGUCGUGGUCGACGGCGGCGAGAAGACGAACCCUUGGGCGAGGUUCGUGCCGUGCGGGCUGGAGGGGAAGACGGCCACAAGCGUGCAGACGGAAGUCGGAGCCGGGACGUGGGAAGCCUGGAGAGCUGCUGGGGACGAGAGGGCUGGGAGGGAGUGGUAUGCGCGGAGGUGGGUUGACGAGUUUGCUAAGCGGCUGGGGGUACAGCCCGCGAAUGGGACGGUGCUUCACCGUCUAGAUUAA